CCUUGCUGGAGAAGGCUUCGGGGCGAUUGCUGGGUUGAGUUUGUGAAUCUUGCCCAUGGAUCCCUGGUUGUGCCCCGCUCGGGUGAGCUAUGGGGCACGAGGGAUCUCUAGCACUGCCUCUGCCCUUCAGUAAUCAGCGUUAACCAAGGACGUACUUUGUCCACCUGUGCUCAGGUAGCAUCUUGAAGGUGCUCAGCCCCUCUGUGUGAAGGAAAUAUUCACCGUUAAUUAAAAUGUCUUCCACCAAAGCUCCAAAUGAAAAUGAAACACCCAGAGAUAGAACACCAGGACUGAAGAGUGUUCAAACAACCAUGCUCUUCCGAGCUGUGAACCCAGAGCUUUUCAUUAAACCUAACAAACCUGUGAUGGCAUUUGGACUCAUAGCAAUUAGCCUCUGUGUGGCCUACCUUGGUUAUCUGCAUGCAACAGCAGAGAAUAAAAAAGACCUCUAUGAAGCAGUCGACGGUGAGGGGUCCAGGUACAUGAGACGGAAAACUUCCAAGUGGGACUGAGAACAUAAAGAGAUCAGCAAAUCAGUGACAGAACUUUUCAGGGCAACUACUAAUUUUUUCACCAUCCAUUGAAGUAAUGGGUAAAUGUCUCUUUUUGCUGUUUAAUGCAAUUUAAGUUCCUUUACAGAAUGAUUGUCCUGUAUGAAUAAACUACAAUUAAAAUACAUACAAACAUAAAAGUGAUUUUAAGAAUUGUCUGCAAUCUCCACAGUGUGCCAGAAGACAUGAAAUUACCUCAGAUGUGCAGUCAAGGCUGUGCC